UUACAGAAAUACUUAAUUUUCGUUAGAAGGGUAAUUCUGGAACUCCCCAAGUCUUCUAAGAGAGAUCCCUAACAGAAAUAGAAAAGUCAAUUUCAUCACCAGAAGCAAUUAUUAUUUUGACAUAAUUCCUUGACAACUUGAAUAUAUCAAAAAUUUCGAAUCUGAAGAGAUCAUACCCAUCUGCAAAUGACUUUUGCCAAAAUGUAUAGAAUUGAUCCUCGUCCACUUGAAAGUACAAAAACUGAAAUUCGGUAUUAGGUUCUUAAUGCUUCUUACUAGAUUCUUUAAAUUAUACAAAACAUCCACAAUCAAAUGAUUCCUAAUGAAGGAAAAGGCAAAGAGAGACUCAUUUCCUUAUCAGCAGGAGCAAGCGCAGGGUUUGUAGAAGUAUGUUUAAUGCAUCCCCUUGAUUUGGUCAAAACCAGACUUCAGCUUCAAGCAAAACAAGAAACAGCAAAUAAAUCAGAUUAUUACACCGGUAUUGCCGAUUGCAUGAAGAAAAUUUACAAAAACGAGGGAAUACUUUCAUUUUGGAAAGGAAUCCUGCCGCCAAUCUUAGUAGAAACCCCAAAAAGAGCAAUAAAGUUUUUCACUUUCGGUGAGUUCCAGAGGUUGUUCAUGUUUGGACAAGAAAAACCUAGCCCUAUGACAUACUCUCUAGCGGGGGCUUGCGCAGGUGCUACAGAAUCCUUUUUGGUGACCCCAUUCGAGGUUGUGAAGAUCCAUCUACAAGCAAAUAGGGCUAAAAUGAAAGAGGUACCAUCACCUUUCACAGUGGCAAAAGAAAUAUACCAUAAAAAUGGUAUUGGCAGGAAUGGCUUAUUCAAAGGGCUGUCUGCAACCAUAAUGAGAGGUUCGGUAUUCAAUAUAGUGUAUUUCGCUCUCUACCAUUCCAUCAAAGAUAUGUCUUCAGCACAUAGCAGAAAAAUGGGAGUCAUUGAGAAACUAGGCUUAGGAUUUGCAGCAGGAACACUAGCAUCUUGCGCAAAUAUUCCUUUUGAUGUAGCGAAAUCAAGGAUACAAGGUCCACAACCAGAAUUAGGAAAAGUCAAAUAUAGAUCAUGCAUGAAAACGAUAAUAGUUAUAUAUAAAGAAGAAGGUUGGAAAGCUCUCUAUAAAGGAUUGGUACCAAAAGUUCUUAGACUAGGUCCAGGAGGUGCGAUAAUGUUGUUGGUAAAUGAAUACAUGGGUUAUUUCCUAAUGCAAUAUUUUGCCUGAUAUAAUAAAUCCGACAGUAUUCUGUUUAUGUUA